GCCGAAGAGAUGGCUGUAAAGCAUCGCCUGGUAGCCACCCGUCACUAAGCCAAAUUGACGAAAUAAAGUUGUUUCCUCCUCCUUCACAGGGAACGAUGUUCGGGCUUUCUGGGUUAAAUGGAAAAAUACCGUUAGGUAACCGCCGCGCCUAUGCUUCUAAUACCUGAAUGGGUCGCAGGAACUGACCCCGAUCACCGCUCUCGCGAGCCUUCCGCCCCGUACGCUAGAACGCCGGAGCCCGGUUACGAGCGUCGCGGACUUUCGAGCGAUAGCAGAACGAGAAAAACGCAGCCUCGGGGACAGACGGCAGUUUCCAUUGCAGACACACACACACACACACACUCGGUUCUGCGGCCAAUGCUUCUGCUAACGCCUGUUCUUCGCAGCGCUGCUCGGCAAACACCGGCGUUCCCACGUUGGAAGGAGGAAAAGGAAAGCACAGCGAAAGCCUUUCGCGACCUCCUCAGAGCUGCUGCGGCCCUCGGCGACGCGUCUUGGAGGCUGUAUAUAUAUACCACGCUCGUUGGCACUGUCGCGUGUUCGCUUUACAAUUGCUUGAAACGACGCACACCGAGGCGGGACCACCAUGGACGGGCCCUUCAGCAAAGUCGUCAACAACGUAAUCGAAGGAAAGUCGGUGGACUUCUGGACGCUGGCGCGGUUCAUCUGGGAGCACCCGGAACUGGCCCUCAGGGAGGAGACGGCGCAUGCAAAGCUGUCGGAGUUCCUGGAGGAGCGAGAGUUCAAGGUUCAGAGGAACUAUCUCCUGAGCACGGCGUUCAGGGCAGAGUUCAGCGCGCCCGGAGGAACCGAUGGCCCGACGAUAGCGUUUCUGUGUGAGUACGAUGCCCUGCCCGAGAUCGGUCACGCGUGCGGCCACAACCUGAUCGCCGAGCUGGCCGUGGCAGCCGCCAUCGCCGUCAGAGACGCCAUGCAGUUCUCGCCCAAGCUGCGCGGAAAGGUAGUCGUGCUGGGAACUCCCGGCGAAGAGAACUGCGGUGGAAAGCAGAUACUCAUCGACAAGGGUGCCUUCAAGGACAUCGACAUCGCGCUCAUGUCGCAUCCUUUCCCGUAUGAGGCCCUCCGGACGGGCUUCACUGCAAGGCAACAGGUGACCGUCCGCUUCCGGGGCAGGUCCGCCCACGCCGCUGAGUCCGCCUACAAGGGUCUCAACGCUCUGGACGCGGCGGUGGCCUCCUACAUGAACAUCUCCCUGCUGCGUCAGCAGAUCAAGUCAACCAGCAGGGUUCACGGGGUGAUCAUCCGGGCGGGCACCUACCCUAACUUGAUUCCGGAAUCGAGCGAGCUGAGCUACCACAUCCGCGCUGUGAACGUCGCCGAGCUGGACGAGCUGGUGACCCGCGUCGAAGGGUGCUUCCGGGCCGCCGCCUUGGCCACUGGCUGCGUCAUGAGCCUCGAGUGGGGCAUCCGCUACAAGAACCUGGUGCACAACGUGGCGCUCACCGAGGUGUACCGAAAGCACGGACAGGCACUAGGUGCCGAGUUCCAGGACGCUGACAUGAAGGAGGUGGUGGCCACCGGUGCAGCGACUGACGCCGGCAAUGUUUCGCACUGCAUACCGACGCUGCACACUGUGUACGCGGUGGGCACCGGUGUUCGGAAUCACACCCGCGGCUUCGCCGAGUUGGCAGGUACCAUCGACGCCCAAGGUCCGACUCGACGAACGGCCAAGAUGCUGGCGCACACUGCCAUCGAGCUGUUCUCCGACCCCGCUCUGGUGCAGAAGAUCAAGACCGAGUUCGCCGACUGGCGCAGCCGCACGGUGACACCCCCAGCGGGCGCGAAAGCGAAGAAAUGAACUGUGCCAGUGGCGCUGCUCUUGUGUCUCCGGAAAAAAAACGUUGUAUGUGCACCUCACGGACAUUGCAAGGGGAUGAGGACUAUAGAUUUACGGAUUACGGAGUUAUAUCUGUAUUGAGCGUUGCAUUUGCUAAUUUCUUGUUUGUUUGUUGUUUUUUGCACAGUAAAGCGGCGGCGCAUGGUCGCAGUAUGUUACGUACCUCUUUUGUCUGACAGACCUCACCGAGGAAAGAGUCACGCGUGAAAUGUCACUCCAAAGAUCCCUAGUUGGCAUGUCAUUUUAGUUGCUUCAGUCUUUGUUGAGGAAACUGUUUCAUUUUCGAUGGAAACUAAACUAAAUGUUUUACCUCUCACUGUUGUUCGCACAGGCCGUCCGCUACAAGUUGCAGUGCAAGGCAUUGAAGAAGGAGUGGGAGCACCGCGAAGAAAAUCAUAGACGGCCUUCGAUUGCCAAGAACUCCGCUUCUGCUGAACGCAUUGAAGUACUUUUUACGGAAAAGUAUUUCUGAAAUAGCCUAUUUUAACUUCAAAUGCAUUUCUCGACUUCGAUAAAAGGGGUCCUUUUAAUGGCGGGCUAGGUGUUGACAACGCUGUGGCUAGUGAGCGCUGGCAGAAAGUAUGCAAUGACAACAGGCUGAGCGUUAUCGCAGUUCUUUCGAUCUUUCCGCCAGU